AUGCGUGUUGACGGCUCUUUUGGCGGGAGUUCGCACGAAGUGAGAGUGCCACAAUGCAGCCUUACACCCCUCCCCAAUCUUGCAGGAACGAUCUCCGAUUGGAAAGUGGCUGCAUCCAGCUACAACAGACGAACUGUAUUUGGAAAAAACCGUGACCGCAGUGAAAUGCUGUUGAAUAUGCACAGCCGGGAGAACUUUAGCGUGGUGCUGUCCCAACCAUGCUCUCUCCGGUUAAGCCCAGUCGAAAUAGAUGACUAUGAAUAUGACACAGCUAUUGAUUGGCUCAGCACACUUACGUUUAUCGCAGCACCUGUCUCGUUUCAGUUGAGCUCGUUAUACGAGUUCACAUCCGCAGACGAGGCGUGGCACUUGGCUCCAGGGGGCAUUACGUCAUGCUCCCACCACCAUACCCCCCAAGCCCCCAGCCCAAAUGAUCGCAACAACGCGAGCAUUCGCGCCGUGUCAGUUCUGUUAUCUACCAUGAUAGGAACAUCGCUAUGGGAUUACAUCUUCAUCCGGGCAUGCAUAUUCUUCCUGCACCUUAUCGCACCUAUCAGUGUCAUUCAUACUCUGGCCAACGUGCUGGUUGGCCUUCCCUUCCAAGUUCCCCAGGCUCUUCAGGUGUGGCUCGCCUUCGAGGCUGGCUUUUAUCUUGUCGUCUACCUACCGUACAACGAAUACCUACAGAAGGCCGCUAGGCACCCCGCGCUACCCUGCCGUGAGGAUCGCAGGAAGCUGUUCAAGCGCUGCCAUGAAACGAUUCCUGAUCCGGUCCAAUAUCUGAGAAAAUGGUUUCGAGGUGCUGCAGAGGCAGAAAUUAAGCGAGAGAACGUCAAGGAUUUCUUCCGCUGGGCUUUUUUAAACACGGGGAAAAUUGAAAAGGCAGACGAGGAUGAACUGGAGGAGUAUGUUAGAGAGAUGGAGACGUUGUUGGGGAGAGAGUUAGAACCUGGACGAGGCAGGGCAGAGUGCCUCAAACUGACUCUCGACAAGGUUGAGAUGUUGCAUCGAAGCUUGACGUGGUAUUCAUGUGUAUUCAUUGUCGAUCUUUUAACGUCGAUUUACUUGCGGUACCACUCCUUUGACUUCUACCGCUCAUCAGUUCUGCGCUCUUUAGCUAUCUUCCCCGCACGCCCUCACAAUGUCUUUUCCAGCUAUCGCUCUCCUGCAGAAUCUCUCACAUACUGGCACCGGCCGCAUAUGUCGAAGACUAGACUGCCUGUCUUAUUCGUUCAUGGCAUCGGCAUCGGUCUUUACCCAUAUAUAGAUUUCCUGGCUGACAUUAAUGCCAGUGGUGCUAAGAGUUCACUUGACGGGCAAGUGGGAAUCAUCGCUAUAGAGAUUAUGUCUGUCAGUUCUAGAAUAACGGCAGAGGCAAUGUCAAAAGAGGAAAUAUGCAACGAGAUUCGUAGCAUAUUAGAGGCACACGGAUGGGGCAAAUGUGUCCUGGUAUCGCAUUCUUAUGGGAGUGUAGUUGCGGCGCAUCUCCUCUGCAGCCCAAAGAUUGCGCAAAAGAUUGGACCGGUUCUGUUUGUUGACCCAGUGUCUUUCCUCCUCCACCUGCCUGAUGUGGCUUAUAAUUUUAUCUGUCGCAAACCACGCCGGGCUAAUGAAUACCUCCUCUCUUACUUUGGUUCUAAGGACAUGGGCAUCUCCCAUACGUUGUUCCGGCGCUUCUUCUGGGCUGAUAACGUCUUGUGGAAGGAAGACAUUAGCAAGCAUCGAGUGUCCGUCGCAUUGGCUGGUAGAGACAUAGUAACCGAUACGAAAGCUAUUCGGGCGUAUCUGACGGGCUCGGAAGACACAACCCUAAAGAGAGGGUCUUGGAAAGACGAAGCGUGUCGAGAUGAUGGGUUGGAAGUGGAAUGGUUCCCACAUUUAGAUCAUGGACAGGUUUUCGAUGAUGGAGCGGCAAGAAGUAGGCUGGUUCGAAUUGUGUGCAGCUUCUGCGAGCAAAGCUUGAACGGCGUAUAA